GCAGCAGGAAUAUGCACCUUUUCAACCAAUCACAGCCCACAUAGCACUUCCUGUUUCCUGACAUAAAUGUCAACACGCAGGAACUUUGCUGUCACUUGAUGGAAGUUUAGUCACCGAAGAAAGACCACUUUGCCUGAGUGAGGUGAGAAAAUGGACGCCAUGGAAAUGGACGACGGUGCAUAUUUGAGUAAGAACUUCACGAUGGACGGACUGAUCACACAAGUCAAUUUCCACAAAAAGAAGUCAGCGUCCCGGCGAGUGAUGGCGUGUCUGGCAGUUGUGUGUGUGCUGCUGCUGGCUGCAAACAUGGGACUACUUCUCCACUAUGAGCUCCUGCCCUAUUUUGCCACAAAAGACCAAGAAAACUCCGACUGUCUGACUCAGGAGAAUCUCCAAACUAAAAACCAAGUCUCCCCUGUAAGCGGUGACCAUUACGAGGCAGUAAGUGCAGACAGAAACCAGCUGGAAGCCAUGUUGAAUAACCUCACAAAGGACAAAGACCGCUUGAAGACCGACUACGAUUCUUUAGCGAAAGACCGAGACAAACUCCUCAGCAGCAAAAACACUUUGAUGGCCGAAUUCAAGGAUCUGCAGACCAACCACAGCCAUCUCAAUAGGGACUAUGAUGCAUUACAAUCCCUGAUUAGUGCACUAAGGGCACAGGGUGGCCAAUUACAGUCCAAUUACGACUCCCUCGUUAAGGCAAAAGAGGUCCUUCAAACCAGUAAAACUAAUUUGGUUGCUGAGAGAGAUGACCUAAGGACUCGAUUCAACAAUCUCCAAAAUGAGAAAAAACAGUUGCAGAGCAAUUUCUCUUCUACGAGAAGUGAGAAGGACAGGUUACAGACCCGUUACGAUUCUCUCGUUAUGGAGAAAGAGCUCCUUGGAACCAGCAAAACCACUUUGGCUAUGGAAAAAGAUGCCCUUAAGUUGCUCUUCAACAAUCUCAAAUAUGAGAAAGACCUUCUAGAGAGCAACUAUACUUCCUUGAGAAGUUUGAACAACCAGCUACAGUCCAGUUACAGCUCCCUCACCAAGGAGAAAGCGCUUCUGCAAACCAGCAAAGCCACUUUGGUUGCUGAGAGAGACAACCUAAGGACUGGAUUCAACAAUCUCAAAUACGAGAAAGACCUUCUAGAGAGCAACUAUACUUCCUUGAGAAGUUUGAACAACCAGCUACAGUCCAGUUACAGCUCCCUCGCCAAGGAGAAAGCGCUUCUGCAAACCAGCAAAACCACUUUGGUUGCUGAGAGAGACAACCUAAGGACAGGAUUCAACAAUCUCAAAAACGAGAAAGACCUUCUAGAGAGCAACUAUACUUCCUUGAGAAGUUUGAACAACCAGCUACAGUCCAGUUACAGCUCCCUCACCAAGGAGAAAGCGCUUCUGCAAACCAGCAAAGCCACUUUGGUUGCUGAGAGAGACAACCUAAGGACAGGAUUCAACAAUCUCAAAAACGAGAAAGACCUUCUAGAGAGCAACUAUGCUUCUUUGAGAAGUUUGAACAACCAGCUACAGUCCAGUUACAGCUCCCUCGCCAAGGAAAAAGCGCUUCUGCAAACCAGCAAAGCCACUUUGGUUGCUGAGAGAGAUGACUUAAAGACUCAAUUCAACAAUCUCAAAAAUGAGAAGGAUCUUCUAGAGAGCAACUAUACUUCUUUGAGAAGUUUGAACAACCAGCUACAGUCCAGUUACAGCUCCCUCGCCAAGGAAAAAGCGCUUCUGCAAACCAGCAAAGCCACUUUGGUUGCUGAGAGAGAUGACUUAAAGACUCAAUUCAACAAUAUCAAAAAUGAGAAGGAUCUUCUAGAGAGCAACUAUACUUCUUUGAGAAGUUUGAACAAGGCGUCGCAGAACGCUCAGAGCGUCCUGGUGACAGAACGGAAUGAGCUGCAGAGGAACGUCAACAAGAUGACCACUAAACUGAGAGGCAUGAAAUGUCAGGCCGGCUGGAGGAAGUUUGACAUUAGCUGCUACCUAGUGUCAAAAACCACUAAGAACUGGCAGGAGAGCAGAAAAGACUGCAUCCGCAAGGGAGCAGAUCUGGUUGUCAUCGACAGCCGGCCUGAACAGGUGUUCGUUAAGAGUUUAUUGAGCUCCGGUCAACACGCGUGGAUCGGACUGACUGACAGCACCACCGAGGGAACGUGGCUUUGGGUGGACGGGACUCCGGUCAGCACAAAGUUCUGGGAGGCCGGGCAACCCAACGACUUCCGGAACCAGGACUGCGGCGAAAUCCAGAACAAAGCCUCCAGCGCUUUGGGAAUCUGGAACGAUGACAGCUGUUCUACGGAUCAGUACUGGAUUUGUGAAACUUGAAUUGUGCUAAAUAAAUGCUAACUAAAUGUUUGGUUGAAAACAUUUAAAAUACUGUAA